AAAAAAAAAAAAAAAGAAGCCGGUAUAGCGUAUGGCGUGUAUCAUAAAGAAGGAUAAAAUGUGUGAAACUCUUACUUAUGUCACUGACGAACAAUGCGACGAUUAUCAGUGAAUGCCAUGACGUAUAUUUAUAUUCGUCUCCAUAAAAAGGCUACCAAAAGGAAUCAUGCCACCCUUAUUUGGUUUGUAAUGCUCCUGGCAUUUGCUUCAUCGGGCUUCGUUUCAAAUGCCACGGGAACACUGCAUAUCGGUCAUUUUUCCUCUUUUGCCUACUCAAAAAGCCUACGUUCAGUAACAGAAAUAUCGAUACUCUCAAAAGCUAAUGGAUUGUUAACCUUUUUUCACAUGGUGGGUGGACGGUUGGCGCAAAGAGUGUAUUGGGGUAAAAAGGAGUCAUGGAGAUUUGUCGUGGGUACGAACAAGGAUAUCGAACUUUUGGAUAGAUGUAGGGAAGAAAGAGUCACAUCAGCAUCAGUCCACCUCUCAUCAAACGGUUACCAACGGUAAUGCUGUGCACUUGGAGAAUACGGGACGAGCUUGUUUUUUCUUGGAUCUGGUGAUGAUGACUCAAUAACGUGAGUCAGACCAGGUUUACCGCAGCUUGCCCGACAUUUCACACGAUCGCCGACUGAAACUGAAAAAACGUAAUGAAAUAAAACCGGGCUGCAGUCAAUUCGGCUUGAUAUCAUCUUUUUUUUUUAUUUUUGUAAAUUCUAUGGCUACCACACUUCCAUUCUUGAAUAAAGUUGUCAGUACUCCCAAG